GCCCGGAACCGAGGGCGGGUGGUUGUUGUGUCCGGGGGACGGAUUGAGCAGUGGGAGCGGAAGCGUGGAGUGGUGGAGGAGGAGGCGGCUGUGGACGUUCUAAAUUGGGACAAGUGAACUGAUAACUAAUAAGAUGGAAGCUGUACCCCAAGGAAAGAAAAUGGUUGCACCCACUGUAUCUCAGAUAAAUGCUGAAUACGUUACACAGUUAUCAAAUAGAUAUUGGGCACCGCACGUGAAGAAAAAAAUGACGUUUGAUUCAAAGGUCAUUGAAGAUGUGUAUCAGAAAGAAAUUCUAAGGACCAAAUUUGCAAUUAGAAAGAUUAUGCUGCUUGAAUUCAGUCAGUAUCUCGAGAAUUAUCUCUGGCCAAAUUACUCCUCCGCAGUAUCCAGCAAUGCCUACCUCAUGUCCAUUUGCUGUAUGAUAAAUGAAAAGUUUCGUGAAAACGUUCCUGCUUGGGAGACAUUUACACAGAAGCCCGAACACUUUCCCUACUUCUUCAAGUGUAUUUUGAAUGCGUCUCUUGCAAAAGAAAGUAAUCUUACAUUACGUGAGCAAACUGUUCUACUGGUCUUUCUUGAUCAUUGCUUUAACAGCUUGGAAGUGGAUCUAAUUCGAGAGCAGGUGCAGCGGCUUAUUUCUCUUCCAAUGUGGAUAUGUUUGGUCUCGUCACGCCUUGAACAUGAACUGAAAAAGACACCAAAGUUGAGGAAAUUCUGGAAUAUGAUCAAGAAAAAGGAAGAGAAAAUGGAUGAAAAAAACAAAGAACAGGCAGAUCAAGAAAAACAAUUCCUCUCUUGUCUGAUCAGCAAAUUCCUUCACGUUUUGAAAUGCAUUCCUCCUGCAGGGUCAGCCAGCAUGGAUGUGGUUCAUUAUUGUGAGAGAUUUGUUGAACUUAUGAUAGAUUUGGAGGCUCUCCUCCCAACACGACGUUGGUUCAGUACAGUUUUGGAUGAUUCCCAUUUAGUCACCCACUGUUAUCUAUCAAAUCUUGUCGAGAAGGAAAAGGAAGGACGACUCUUCAGUCAGUUAUUAGAUAUGUUGAAGUUCUAUACUGGCUUUGAAAUAAACGAUCAGACGGGAAACGCUCUUACUGAGAAUGAGAUGACUACGAUACAUUAUGAUCGCAUAACUUCGCUUCAGAGGGCAGCAUUUGCUCACUUUCCAGAACUGCAUGAUUUUGCUUUGUCUAAUGUGGCAGCAGUUGAUACUCGGGAAUCACUGGUGAAGCAUUUUGGAUCACUUAGUCCCAACACACUCCACAAAGUGGCGUCAUACCUUUGUCUUUUGCCAACCCUGCCAGAAGGAGAGAAUACAUGUUAUGAAAAGGAAUUUCUCUUGGAAAUGUUGGUGUCCCGACAUGAACGGCGAACAUCUCAAAUUCAGCAAUUAAAUGAGAUGCCCCUUUAUCCCACAGAGAAAAUCAUCUGGGAUGAAAACAUUGUACCGACGGAAUAUUACUCUGGUGAAGGCUGCCUUGCAUUGCCAAAGCUGAAUUUGCAGUUCUUGACUCUUCAUGACUAUCUGCUGAGGAAUUUUAAUCUCUUUCGGCUGGAGUCAACAUAUGAAAUCAGACAGGAUGUGGAGGAUGUAAUCAGCAGACUUAAACCAUGGCAAGGAGAGUACGGAGGCGUUGUCUUUGGUGGUUGGGCUCGAAUGGCGCAACCUAUCGUCACUUUCACGAUUGUGGAAGUAGCAAAACCCAACAUUGGUGAUAACUGGCCGGCAAGAGUCCGUGCUGACGUAUCCAUCAACUUAAACGUUCGAUAUCAAAUCAAGGGAGAAUGGGAAGCUCUUCGCAAACACGAUGUCUGUUUCCUUGUAACUGUUCGACCAGUCUUGCCUUAUGGCACAAAGUUUGACCGAAAGCAACGAUUUGUAGAGCAAUCGGGACUCAUGUUUGUGCGUGGAUGUGAAAUUCAAGGCAUGCUGGAUGAGAAAGGACGGGUCAUUGAAGAAGGUCCUGAACCUAAACCAAAGCUGAAAGGAGAUUCACGAACAUAUAGAGUAUGGCUAGAUCCCAACCAAUAUCAGCAGGAUAUGAGCUUCUCAAUUCAAAAUGGGGCAGAAGAUGUCUACGAGACCUUCAACAUAAUCAUGAGAAGAAAACCUAAAGAAAAUAAUUUUAAGGCAGUGUUGGAGACUAUCCGGAACCUAAUGAACACGGAGUGUGUCGUUCCUGACUGGCUUCAUGAUAUUAUCCUUGGUUAUGGAGAUCCAGGAAGUGCUCAUUAUUCUAAAAUGCCAAAUCAGAUUGCCACACUGGACUUUAAUGACACCUUCCUCUCAAUUGAUCACUUGAAAGCUAGUUUUCCUGGCUGUACGAUUAAAUCCACUGUUGAAAGCUCCACUUUGCAGAAACCUCCCUUCAGGAUCACAUUCUCAGUACAGUGCUGCAAGGGGAAAAAACGGAAAGGAGGAAGUGAUGGUGAGGAGGCAGAAGAGAGUCAGACAUUGACUAUUGAACCUCAUGUGAUUCCAAAUAGAGGACCUUACCCCUACAAUCAGCCGAAGAGAAACACAAUUCAAUUUACACCCACACAGAUAGAAGCAAUUCGAGCUGGCAUGCAACCAGGCCUUACAAUGGUGGUAGGCCCACCAGGAACAGGAAAAACUGACGUGGCCGUGCAGAUAAUAUCUAACCUGUACCAUAACUUUCCAGAGCAAAGGACUCUCAUUGUGACCCAUUCCAACCAGGCUUUGAACCAGCUGUUUGAGAAGAUCAUGGCACUGGACAUUGAUGAACGGCAUCUUCUUCGUCUGGGUCACGGUGAAGAGGAACUAGAGACCGAGAAGGAUUUUAGCAGAUACGGUCGGGUAAAUUAUGUGCUGGCUCGGAGACUCGAGUUGUUGCGUGAAGUUGGGCGAUUACAGGAGAGUCUGGGAGUUCCUGGUGAUGUCUCGUACACCUGUGAAACAGCUGGACAUUUUUACCUGUAUCAGGUGAUGUCACGUUGGGAAGAAUAUCUCAGUAAAGUAAAGGCCAAAAGUGGAAAGUCUGGGGAUGUUACAACAGUGUCUGAGCAUUUCCCAUUCCAUAAAUGCUUCGCAAAUGCUCCCCAGCCUAUUUUUAAAGGCCAAUCAUACGAAGAAGAUAUGGAAAUAGCUGAAGGGUGUUUCAGGCACAUUAAUAAAAUAUUUACACAGUUGGAGGAGUUUCGGGCUUUUGAACUGCUGAGGAGUGGGCUGGAUAGAUCAAAAUAUUUAUUGGUGAAAGAAGCAAAGAUCAUUGCCAUGACAUGUACUCACGCUGCCUUAAAACGACAUGACCUGGUAGAGCUGGGCUUCAAGUAUGACAACAUCCUGAUGGAGGAAGCAGCACAGAUUCUUGAGAUUGAAACAUUUAUUCCACUACUACUACAGAACCCUGAAGACGGUUUCAGUAGACUGAAGCGUUGGAUUAUGAUAGGUGACCACCAUCAGCUUCCACCAGUCAUUAAGAACAUGGCUUUCCAAAAGUAUUCCAACAUGGAGCAAUCCCUAUUCACACGUUUUGUUCGUUUGGGAGUUCCAACCGUGGAUCUUGAUGCACAAGGCAGAGCGAGAGCAAGUUUGUGCAACCUCUAUAACUGGCGUUAUAAGAAACUCGGUAAUCUGCCUCACGUCCAGAACCUACCUGAGUUUUGUGCUGCUAAUGCCGGCUUAGUAUAUGACUUCCAGUUGAUCAAUGUGGAGGAUUUCAAUGGUAUCGGUGAAUCAGAACCAAAUCCAUACUUCUACCAGAAUCUAGCCGAGGCUGAAUAUGCAGUAGCCCUUUUCAUGUACAUGCGCCUCUUGGGAUAUCCUGCAGAGAGAAUUAGCAUCUUGACAACGUACAACGGUCAGAAGCAUUUGAUUCGUGAUGCCAUCAAUCAGCGUUGCGGUAGUAAUCCUCUUAUAGGUCGUCCAAGCAAGGUGACCACAGUGGACAGAUUCCAGGGGCAACAGAACGAUUAUAUUAUCCUCUCAUUAGUACGAACUAAAGCUGUUGGACAUCUGAGGGAUGUUCGGCGAUUAGUUGUUGCCAUGUCGAGAGCCAGGCUCGGACUGUACAUCUUUGCAAGAGCCUCGCUCUUCCGGAACUGCUUUGAGCUUACUCCAGCCUUUAAUCAGCUUACAGCUCGGCCCCUCCAACUGCACAUCGUACCAUCCGAGUACCUCCCCACGGACAGAAGGAAUGGCCAUAUACCAACCCAUUUGAUGCGAGUUAUCAAAAACAUGCCGGAGAUGGCAAACUUUGUCUACAAUAUGUACAUGCACAUAAUUCAGAGGAUGCACCAAUACAGACAGCCGGUACUUCUUCCACCAGCCCCCAAGUCAAUAAAAGAGCCUGAUCCAGCUCCAGUCAUUGAGAAUGUGGAAGAGGUUGAAGAAUCUGUUCCCGAAAGUAAAGAUGAAGAGACACCUGUGGAAGAACAUCGACAGAUGCCUGAGCAUCCUGGCAGAGACAGUGAUAGUGAGGGCAACGAUGAUGAAGAAGAAGAAGAAAAACAAGAAGAAAAAGAGAAAGAAGAGAAAGAAGAAGGAGGAGAAAAAGAUAAAGAAGAAAAAGAAAAAGAUGAAAAAGAAAAAGAAAAAGAUAAAGAAGAAAAAGAUAAAGAAGAAAAAGAAAAAGAAAGCUAAUUUAGUUCAAAUAUUGGACCUUAGUUCUGACAUUUCUGUGCAAGUAGCCAGUAUACGUGCUUAGAAUAUCAGUCAUCAUUCACAAUAAUCCUGUGACUACCUGUUUUAUUUUCUAGUAAUGUGGGAUUUAACAUUCUAUCUUGUAUUGCCAGUUGCAUGUAAAUUAAUUUUAUAGAACGCCAUACCAAAUGUUAUAAUCCACAAGAUUUUCAGAAUGAAAAUGUCAUGAAUGAAAUCUAGUAUGGGUUCAAAACUAGACUGGAGUGAAUUUUGCUAAAAAAUAGAUUUCUGGAUUGUAUCCAAUCAAUAUGACAACUUCUCUUUAUUCUUUCUCUUCACUGCUCACUGACCCACCGUGCAUUCCCAGAUUUUAAAUGUUUUAAGAAAACAAACUCAGUACAUUUAAAUAAAGUGUCUGGAAUGGA